UAGAUGUGACAGAAAGUAGACACAAGGUUAUCAGAUUUAUUCCCCACAACGAAGAUCAAUUCAAAUAUGUGGAAAAAUUUCAAUUCAACCCAGGAAAGGUAGACAUUUGGCGUGGAUCAGCAGGAAUUGAUAUACCUUUAGAUCUUUCGGGCAAUGAAGAUGAGUUACGUACAGUUAUUGACAGUUUUGAAAGAUUGGGGAUGAAUCCAGUUGUAUUAAUGAAUGAUUUACAAGAAGGCAUUAAUUAUCAGCUAGAAACAAACAAGGGAAGUGGUGAUAUUAACGCUGAUUUUGAUUAUGGAAAAUACCACACCCUGGAAGAGAUUCAAGGAUGGGUUGAGGAUAUAACGAAAACAUAUCCCAAUAUUGCUGAUAUGGUCAGUAUUGUCAAAUCGUUCGAGGGAAGAGAAAUGUUAGCCAUUCAGAUUAGAUCUAACAGUAGUAGUAAUAAGGCAGGUAUCUGGAUUGAAGGAGGUAUACAUGCUAGAGAAUGGAUAUCACCCGCAACAGUCAUUUACAUGGCCGGAAAAUUACUGGAAGGUUAUGGUGAAGUAGAGAACAUAACAAAAGCUAUAGACGCAUUUGAUUGGUACAUAGUACCUGUUGUUAAUGUGGAUGGUUACAAAUAUACGUGGACAGGGGAUCGUAAUUGGAGAAAGACAAGAACAAAACAUUUAUUAUGCUACGGAUCAGAUCCUAACAGAAACUGGGAUAAUCAUUGGUGUAAUGGAGAAGCUUCCGGUGGCCAUAAUCCUUGUUCAGAUGUUUAUUGUGGACCUAAACCAUUUUCCGAACCAGUAGUUAAAGGUGUUGCUGAUUUUAUUUUAUCAAAACCGAGCGGUUACUUUAAAAUAUUCAUUGAUUUUCAUAGUUACUCACAAUUGUGGAUGACACCCUGGGGAUAUACAAAAGCAAAACCCAAGGAUUAUGAGCAACAGGAAGCGUCAUCAGCAGCAACAGUAAAGGCUUUAACAGCUGUUCACGGAACUAAAUAUAUAUACGGACCAAUUGCAUCAACUAUAUAUGUAGCUAGUGGAAGUAGUGCUGAUUGGACCUAUGCUAAUGCCAGUAUAAAAUACUCUUAUGGCGUAGAAUUAAGAGAUCAAGGACAGUAUGGUUUCUUGUUACCUGCUGAUCAAAUUAUUCCUAGUGGUGAAGAAACUUUACAAGGACUGUUAACUUUAACACAAUUUGUACAAAAUAACCCAUAAAUAAAUAUACAUGUAUUAAUG